CUUCGGGUGCUCAGGGCCCUCCUGUGAGGGCUAAGAAGUGGGAGGAAGUGGAGGCAGAGGCUCGAGCCCGCGUCAUCUCCGAGGGAGGUGACCCCGGUGCAGAGAUGGUCGUCCUGAGCCGGUGCACGGUUCAGUUCGGCAAGUACCGGGGUCAGACCUUCAAGUGGAUGAUGGAGAACGACGUGGGCUACAUGGUGCACGUGGUAACAGUGCAUCAGAAGGAGAGGGCGCGAGAGCGCAGUGUUUCCCAGCAUCCCCUGAUGGCCAACAAGGACGCCUUGACUCGCUACUCGUGCGCCUAUCCGGCCUUCGAUGAGAUGGUCAGGUUCAACCGGGCGCACGAGGAAGCUAAAGUCCUGUCCUCCCAGCCAGGCCAGGAGGGCAAGGCCCUUGUUGGCAUCGGGAAGUACAAGUGGGACACGCUGCAGGACCUGUAUGAGGCUACGGGUGCGGACAGGAUAAAAUAUGUCAGGAGCAUGAGGACGCAGACACCCCGUUAUCCUGGGAGUGCGAUGGCCGCCUUGAUUAGCUACAUCCAACGCAGAGACCAGGAGGGGGUAGCUGCUGUGGCCAGGCCCGCCGCAGCCAGCACCAGCCCCACCAGCACCACCCGGCCCAAGAGUGCGGCUACGCAUCUUGGUCCUGCGAUCUCUGCGUUCCUUUCAAGGCGCACUCUCGCCCCUGGUGAACUGCAGGCGAAGAUGAAGAAACUUAUUGCUUCUCAGCCUGCAGUUCAAGGGGUGUCUUUCCCUCGACCAGCACUGCCAUCGACCGAUCUAUCGGACGCAGAGCUGGUCAAAGCAGCUGCUGACAUAGACACAUCCGUAGCCCCACAGGUCCCCCGAUCGCUCCCUCGGCCUCUGCCUCUAACUUCACAGGUCCCGGUCCAUGCCCCGGUCCAUGCCCAGAGCGAAGAGGAGGAUUUGCCCCGGCAGUCCUUCCUGCCUCCAAGGCCCUCCUCAAAAAGUGCUGAGCUGCUGCUCCCAGAGAGUUGGCGUUCAUCUCUCACCAAGGAGCAGCAGCGGUGGAUCGGCCACACGCUGUUCACCAGGAACAGUUUUGGGAGGUCGACACUCGCCACCGACCUGGUCACGUGGUGGACGCCUCCCCAACCGCGGCCGAUCUACAAUCAGCCACCCGCAUCCCCUGACCCCUUCUUCGCAUGUCAGCUGUUCCUUUGGAUGCCCGUACGUAUAUGGGCAUACAAGCUGGCAUGUCCCCAGUCUGGGUGCAGAGGCACACUCUGCAAGGCUGGGCUCUACAAGACCAUCCGGAGGGUCUUGGACAUCGACCGCUGGUAUCUCAUGGCCACUGAGUACCUGGAAUGCGGUCGGUGUAAGAAGAAGGUCGCGGGGUGGUCACGGGACCUUGUCAGUCAGCUGGACGCUCGGCAUCGCUGCCAGUUUCCAGCAAUAUUGACAUACAAGCUGUCCUGUGACCUGCGGGUUGUGAGGAUGCUGAGGUCGCGCACUUUGGGGAACAGUGCGUCACAGACCUACAGCAAGCUGUGUGAAAGUCACAGCGAGUCGUGGAUGCGGAGUUGUAUACGGUACCUCGGGGAGUGCGAGCAGUUUCUGGCCUUGAGCACUGGGCGGCAGUUCACUUAUCCACCGGAGAUGCCCCCGGUGCCCUCACCCGUCUGGCUGCUGACAGUCUACAGCCAUGACGUGCUGUCGCGGCUGGACGAGGUGAAGGCCAGGGUCACCUCCAUCUUUGGGUCCAUCUUAAAGAUGGACUCUACAAAGAAGGUGACUAAAAAGCUUGCGGGUACCGCUGCAGACACGGCCGCCUGGGUUACCAACGUUGGUAACGAGCAUGGGCAGGUCCUCGUCAGUGUCCUCACUGCUGGUGAGGGCGAGGGCCUGCUCCCCAUGGCGGCUGGUCUCAUGGAGCGGUACCGGCUCGCCGGGUGGCGCCCCCAGCUCAUGUACGUGGACCGAGACUGCUGCUCCAGCUUCGGCGGAUCAAAGACAGCUGCCAUGUUCAAUGAGUGGGACCGGCUGGUGGUUCGGCUGGACAUCUGGCACCUGAUGCGGCGGUUCGCGUCAGGUGUCACCACUGAGAGCCACCAGCUCUACGGUCCCUUCAUGCGGCAGCUGUCAGUCUGCAUCUUUGAGUGGGAUGCAGGCGAUGUCCGCAGACUGCUGGAGGCCAAGAGGUCUGAGCUGGAGGGGAAGCACGGGAUGGUCGGCCUCACCGAGGCGGAGACCUUCAACGGCGAGAAGGGGGUCGAUACCCUGGGCAUCCCGUUGCUGGACUCAAUCCGCAUCCAGGAAAUCUGGAAUGAGCAGAGGCGCCACCUCCACUGCAUACAGGACCCACCCGGUGUACAGCUGUACACCGAGACUGGCAAAAUCACCAAGGGCAGCGUGAUUUUGCCGGUUUAUCGCUGCGCACGGGGCUCCACAUCCUUGGAGUCAUUCCACCUCCACCUCAACCGGUUCAUCCCAGGUACCAGGGCAAAUGCAAUGCAUUUCCAGGCAUUCCUGUUGGAUGGACUGGUGAGGUGGAACGAGGACCGUGCGCAGACAGCAGUUGAGGGAAAGAACAGGCAGCCCCUGCUCUCCUACAGUGGCCACCUGCAGCACAUCCUUAACCUUAGCAGCCAAAGGGUGCUUGGCAAGGAACAGGUUAAGGACUACUCCAAGCCUAGCAAGUACACGGGGGAACUCCUCGGAGUGGAGUACCUGUACUCGCAGACUGGCAGAGUGCUGCAGGAUGUCAGUGUGGACCCUGACUUUCCGGAAGAGGCAGCCGCCGUCGAGCUGCUCGACGAGGAGGACGAGGGGCUUUCAGGAGGAUGUGGACCCGACGCUCAGCGGCACCUCUGUCAGGGGAACCCGCUGACGCACCCAGGUCUGGGCCAUCCAGUCCCACCGCCCCUGAAGACGGAAGCUCUCCUGAGGCCCCUGAUCAACACGGGGGAGACUCAAGGCCCUGAUGCAAUGCCGGGGUACCAGCAUGUCCGCAGGCUUGCCAGGGCCUUGGUGGAGGUGAGGAGCCGUCAGGGGCUGUCGGACCGCAGGGUAGACGGUCUGGUGGCGCUGUGGCUGGCGCUGCCAGACUUUGACAAGCAACGUUUGAUCUACCCUGCCCGGCACCAGGAGAGGAUCGUUCAGGGGCGGUUCAAGGCAUCGAAGGGGAAGUCGUCCAUUAUCCUAGGAAAAGACUCUCUCCAACGGUAUGUUUUGCCUUCUCGGACUCAACUCGGGCCCUGCCAAUUGGCCAGGCACCAGCCGUUUGGUGGAGGCAAUUUGCAGUCAGCUCUGCCAAAUCCAUCCCAGCGCCACGCAGUCUGCCGGCGUCCAAAAGAGCAGGUGGGCGCUCAUUCUGGCUGA